CGUCCCGUCUCUCGCCAGCACCUUCGCCGUCGUCCCCGCCAUGCCCGAGCCCGCCAAGUCGGCCCCGGCCCCGAAGAAGGGCUCGAAGAAGGCGGUGACCAAGGCGCAGAAGAAGGACGGCAAGAAGCGCAAGCGCAGCCGCAAGGAGAGCUACUCGGUGUACGUGUACAAGGUGCUGAAGCAGGUGCACCCCGACACGGGCAUCUCGUCCAAGGCCAUGGGCAUCAUGAACUCGUUCGUCAACGACAUCUUCGAGCGCAUCGCGGGCGAGGCGUCCCGCCUGGCGCAUUACAACAAGCGCUCGACCAUCACGUCGCGGGAGAUCCAGACGGCCGUGCGCCUGCUGCUGCCCGGGGAGCUGGCCAAGCACGCCGUGUCCGAGGGCACCAAGGCCGUCACCAAGUACACCAGCGCCAAGUGAGCCCGCCUGCAGCCGACCGCAACCCAAAGGCUCUUUUCAGAGCCACUUAAGUUUUACCAAGAAGGAGCCGUUGCGCUUUACAUAUUGAAAAACGCAUGGUGUUCCGUGUAUCACGAAUCACGUUCUCCAGGAAC